GCCUUCCAAGUAAGAGCAAGAGGGGGUGGGCCACCCUCAGAAACAACCGCCAAGACACCUGAGAAGCCACAGCAGGGCAGCCCGGCUUCUCAGCAGACCGCGAGCCCAGCUUCUCAGCAGAUCGUGAGCACUCCUCAGUCCACAGCACGACAAGUUCUGCAGUAUGGCCUCACGAAGUUCUUCGGAACACCUGAGCAGAAGGCAUCUGCUCAGCCUCUCGAGCUGCAGUCGACAGGUUACCAGAGGAGCCACAAGAGCAGGGCUCAGCUCGAGUUCGAAGCAUCUAAGCUGGCCUUUGAAGCUCUUGUGGCUGAGAAGGAGGCUGAGGAGAAUGAAGACCGGGCUCAUGAGAUAGCCAAGCGGAGACGACUGACUCAGGGGAAGAGAUUCACAAGAGUCGCUUCUGAGUCCACCAAGAGGAAGCCUCAGAACGGUCGAACCGAGCUGACAGCCAAUCGAAAGAAGCUGAUUGCUGACGACUUGUGUCAGUCCAAGUCUCAGUUUAGCACUCAGAGGAAGUUCUGGGUCGCCAUGACGGAAAAGCAUGGCCUGAGUAAGAGACAGCUCCGCAGGAACAAGAGACGAGUGAGAAUUUCGGGGGCUGGCCGGAAGCAGCCUUACCCGGACAUCGUUCAGACAGUUUCUCAGUGGCUGGCUAUUGAGCGAGCCUGUGGCCACACCAUCAGCCAGCUGGACUUCUUUCAGGAGUUCUUGUUUCAGCUGAGGCUCUCGGCCACUAAGUCUCGUCUUCGGGCAGAGGAGCCGGGCCUCAGCAACCUGAAGGUGGCUGAGUUGAAGCAGGAUGCUGACGAGAAAGAGGGCAGGGCUGAGAAGCUUAGCAAAAGCAAAACCUACCAAAAAAGCUUCACUAAGAGACUCCUCAGGUGGAGCAAGGCUAAGUUCGCCACCUCAGAGGUCGUGAGCAACAUCAGCAGCCUGGAGUCUCAGGUCAGGUGUAAGCUCACCUGGCAGGAGUUCGACCGGUGCCUUUGGCUGGCCAGCCUGAGCUCCGUUGCUGAGCUCUCUGCUGAGAAGAGGGUUUCCGACCCUGAGGACUUCGUGAAGCACAGGAGUCACUUAGCCAUCGGCUUCUCUGAUCAGGUGCCGCUGUGGGCUAAGGCCACAGGCCGAAAGGCCGUCUUCUCUGAGGAGGAGCUCCACUCACCUGAGACAAUUCAAGACUUUUCUGAGAUCAGGGAAGCCAUUCAGGAUGCCAUGAGGACUGACUCAGAUGCAACCUUUCAAGUGGUUCCCAUCAGCAGCACAGGUGACAGCACUCCCGGAGUAAAGAAAGCCCUCAGCUUCGGCUCAGAAGGGUCAGGCACAGUCAGAAGCGCCCUGAGCUUCAGCAGCCUUAGCCCAGAGAAACCUCUGCAGACCGAAGACAAAGCAGAGGAGCAGCAGCAGCAGAUGUUCAGGCACAGUCAGAAAGGCCCUGAGCAUCAGCAGCCUCAGAAGAAACAGAAGAAGGCAUUGCCUAAGGCCGGAGCUAAGACCACCUUAGGCUUCUCAGCCGACGAAAGAUUCAGAAUCACCUACGAGGCCCGUCAGGUGCUUCUUCAGGUUCUGGAUGAGCCCAGCAAGCCAGUCGUCGGCUUAGUGGGCAAGGGGCUGCUGGUGGUGCCCGGCCAGUGGGCUCGCCUCAGCAACAUCUCUCAGGACGGCAAGUGGAUCCGGACUGAGAGGUUCAGGGUCGGUGCUAAGGAGAAGGUUCACUCAGCUGGUGCCUCAGUCGGCAAGAUCUUGCUCAGCUAUCGAAAGCUCAGGCAGGCUCACCCUGAGCUGGUCGCUAAGCUGGACAUCAUGAGCCAGCCAGCUGCGAACGUCGACUCCGUGAUCCUGAGCUGGGUCAUUGAGGGCCAGGCCACUGAGUACCCUUGCUCAGUCUGGCAGAGGGACUGCUUCAGCUCCGUGUUCUCAGACACGGCUGCUGAGUCGAUGGCCUUAGCCCAGCAGAUCAGCUGCUUAGUUGCUGCGAAGUGCACGUCUAAGCUCCAGAUCACGGACUCAGACUUCGCCAAGGAGUUCAAGGGUGCCGUGAGGCACAAGCUGUCCUCCCUGAGAACAGAGUUUCAGGAGCAGCAAAAGUUCUCAGGGAAGUCUGAGGUGUGGCGAGUGGGUGCCCUUGAGAUCGUCACCUCAGUGGUCUGGGCUGAGGAGCAGCUGAGGCAGAAGAACGAAGAGCAAUCCUGGGUCGUGAGGGCAGCCGUCAGGAAUGGCCUUCUGGCCUAUCGGCCCAACCCUGAGACUGGGAGGCUUGAGACGGUCUCCGAGCAGCCCUGGGCUAAGGAGCUCGACCUCAGGAUGGGCAGUCGUCGCUUCCCAGCCAGCUGGCUCUCAGAGAGGCUUAAGUGGCUGGACGACGCAGGCAAACCCAUCCAGGCUGACUGGUCUCUGAGCGACUCAGCUAAGCAGAUCUCCGACCUUAUCAGGUGGGACUACUUCAACCCUGAGGAAGACCUUGAACAGGAGCCUGAGGAAGGAGGCUUUGACUUAGACGGUGAGCUCGCAGAGGAUCUGGACCUGAGUCUGCAGAACAGCCUUUCCCUCAGGCUGCAUCCAAAGCUCCGCCGUGCAGCAGCUCGCAGAGCUCUUGAGGAGGGCUAUGCUGACAGAGUCAAGGAGAUCAGGAAAAAAGCAGCCGUGAGGAGGGAGAGGCUUCUACAAAGCUUGAGGCAAAAGCUGAUGCUUAACAGUCGUGCAGAAGCACUGGCUGAGGUGGUGCCUGUGAGGACAGAGACGAAAGGCCAGAAACUGAGUGCAACCACCAAGCCCUCAGCAAAGAACAAGCCCUCAGCAAAGGGCAAGGCCAGCAAGUUCCUGAAGGCUUCGGCUAAGAAGAAAGCAGCUAAGAAGCACGACCAGAAGGCCACAGUCGACAAGGUCAUUGGUAAGGUCACAGCUAAGAAGAAGAAGGAGAAGAAGGAGAAGAAGGCUCAGGCCAAAGCUGAGACCAAGGCCAAAGCUGAGACCACAGAGACUGAGUCCGCAGCCCUGGCUCCUUUCCUUGAGAAAGAAGUCAUUUGUGUCUCUGAGGCUGCUGGCCACAUGCUCUUCGGCAUUAAGGGCAUUGCCUCAGACUUCCAGUCAGGUCGCUACACUGUCAUGACCGUGAGUGGCACCUUCGAGAUCAGGUCUGAGCAUCUGACCCUUUGGGAGCCCAAGACUGCUGAGUUCGUCUGGGCUCAGCUGAAAUACCUCAGCAGGGCAGAUACUCAAACAAUCCUCCGGGCCAUCUCCUGCUGGCCUGAGCCAAAGCUGAGGCACGACGACUAUGCCGACCACGGCUUAGUGCCCUUCCCUGACACUGAGAAGCCAUUCUUAGUGGAGGAUCAGUGGAUCUGGCAGGGCUGGGCCAUGAUGAGCUGGUCUUUGCGAAAAGCCAAGGCAGGCUCCUUUGAGGAGUUCUCAGUGGAGUGCUUAGACCCUGGCCUUCCUCACUUGCUCUUCGAGUUUCCUGAGCACUUGCUUGAGCCACGUGAGAAUGCCGUUAAGCAAGCCUUCGGCAAUGCCCUCAGGCUUCUGGUUCCAGUGGUUAGGGCUUUGCACUGGACCUUGCUGGUGGCUCAGAGAGAGUCCCUGGACCAGACCGAGGGCUUUCAGUGGCGACUCCACGACAGCCUUCAGCAGCCAAUUGAGGCCUGCACCUUGGCUCAGGUCAGGAUUGGGAGCUUGCUCGAUCCUCAGUUCAGCCUCCCCAAGAAGACGAACUCAGCAGUGCCUGCGGGUUCUAUGUCUUAG